UGUAUUUCAAUUCAACGAAAACACGGCGUUACAAAACCUGAACCGACGCACUCAUGUAACUUGUUGUAUAAGAGAAAACUGCGCGGGCUGCUGCCACAGUAGCUAUCUGAUGUGUUGUUUAUUCGGUUACGUUCACGUUUUGUUCUCCAUUCGGGCCGAGGCUGCAUUGUUUAUGGCUUUACACCCUGUAUGCUGCGCUGCGUUUGGAGUUUCUAUACGAUUUCCUGCAGCACAUCAUCUUUCUCUGCACCAGGGCGCUUCGUAAAGCUUGCCAUUCAUCAUCACCAGAGGCCCAGCAGCCCCAGACUCUUCUUCUUGACUAGUUUAUUCACUUGCCAGCCCACCAUGUCGGACAAGAAACGCAAGGCAUCUUGUCCAUCUGCUGGUAAGGAACCCCGUGCCAAGCAGCAGAAGCUGGCUCCCGUCAAGGAGGAGAAGAAGGAGAGAGUCGCGGGAUGGCUGCAGAGUUUGGUGCAGCAGCAGAGGACAGAGAAGGACAUAAAGUUCAACAAAAAGCGCCUGCGUUUCAUAUCUGAUACUCAGAAGAUAAGGCAGGGCUCAGAGGGUGUCCUGUACUGGAUGUUAAGAGAUCAGAGAGUGCAAGAUAACUGGGCACUGAUCCAUGCCCAGCUGCUCGCUGCGGAGGAGAACCUCCCUCUGCAUAUUUGCUUCUGUUUGGAAGUCCCCAAAUCAGAGCUGUCUACUCAGAGACAUUACAGCUUUAUGCUGAAGGGGCUCAAAGAAGUUGCAAAGGAAUGUAAACACUUAAACAUCCAGUUCCACCUGCUGCACGGUGCUCCGGGGAACGUUCUCCCCGGCUUUGCGUCAGACCACAGCCUUGGGGCCGUGGUGACAGACUUCUCUCCUCUCAGAGAGCCACUGCAGUGGUUGGAGGACGUCAAAAAGAAACUUCCCCAGGACAUCCCCUUCAUACAGGUUGAUGCCCACAAUAUUGUUCCCUGCUGGGUAGCUUCACCUAAACUCGAGUACUCCGCUCGGACGAUCAGAGGAAAAAUUACCAAUCUUUUAUCAGAGUUCCUCACUGAUUUCCCUCUGGUAGAGAAACACCCCUACACUGCUGCAGGAACGGCCAAAGAAGUAGACUGGGACAAAACCCUAGCCUCCCUGGAGGUUGACAGAACUGUAGAAGAGACGGAGUGGGCCAAGCCGGGCACCAAAGCAGGGAUGGACAUGUUGGAGUCUUUCAUUGAUGUACGACUUAAACUGUUUGGCAGCCAACGCAACGACCCAAACGCUCCCGCCCUGAGCCAGCUUUCCCCGUGGCUCCGCUUUGGCCAGCUUUCGGCCCAACGCGUGGCUCUGCAGGUUCAGCGCAGCGGCAAGAACGCAGGACAGUCCAUACCCGCCUUCAUCGAGGAGCUGGUGGUGCGUCGGGAGCUGACUGACAACUUCUGUUUUUACAACAAGAAAUACGACAGCGUGGAGGGUGCGUAUGAGUGGGCUCAGAAGACCUUAAAAGAUCAUGCCAAAGACAAAAGGCCGUAUCUCUACACUCGCGAGCAGCUGGAGAAAGCAAAGACACACGACAAGCUGUGGAACGCAGCUCAGUACCAGAUGGUUACAGAGGGGAAGAUGCAUGGUUUCUUGAGGAUGUACUGGGCCAAAAAGAUCCUGGAGUGGACUUCUUCACCACAGGAGGCGCUCUCCAUCGCUCUGUACUUAAAUGAUCGCUAUGAGCUGGAUGGUCAAGACCCUAAUGGCUUUGUUGGUUGCAUGUGGUCUAUUUGCGGCAUCCAUGACCAAGGCUGGGCAGAGAGACCUGUAUUUGGAAAAAUCCGCUACAUGAACUACAAAGGCUGCCUUCGGAAGUUUAACGUUGCUCAGUUUGAGAAAACGUACUGUCCUAAAAACCUCUGAAGCUUGACAUGUUUGGAAGGAUGCAUAGAAAGUGCUUGACAGCGUGCGUCUCCUACACCGCGGCCUCAGGGAGCUUUGUUUGGGGGUUUUUUAACAACCUUUCUUUUUCUCUUUGUUCUUCACAGCUUGUUUUGUUCAAAACAGUCGGCCUAUUCUUGCUGGCAUCGACGCUUUUACUAAAUAUUCAAACAUGUUCAUGCAUAAUAAAACUGUAAGCUGUUUGUGGCAUUUUGAAGUGAGCUUUUAGAGAAAGCACUUUGGGCUUUGUUUUUUAUGGUGCCUUUUAUAUUCAUAAUCAUAUUACUGCUGUUCUUUUUUUUUUUUUUUUAAUAUAUACAAGUUUUAAGCCAUUUUUCUGUCCACUUGUAUCACAUUUUGAAUUUG